AUGGCGCAUCCCGACAACAUUGUCAGAGAUGAGUUAGAAGUUUCGGAAGAGGUCAACGUAGAUGCUAAGUCUAAAGAGCCGAUUAACGAUGUUAAAACAAUUUUCGUUGCGGUGGAUUGGGUCCGAAGUGAAGCAAGUAAACUUGGAUUUGGCGUUGUGAUAGCAAGGUCCGACAACGACACUAGUAGAAGGCAAGCAUUUGUUGUGAUGAGAUGCGAGAGGGAUGGGAAGGUUGAUGGUUUGUGGCAUUUUAGCGUCAUCUCCGGAAUUCAUAAUCACGCAUUGAAGACCAAGCUACACGGCCAUCCAAUUGUGUGUCGGCUAAAUCGCGAAGAGAAGGAUUCUAUUUCAGAAUUAUCGAUAAUCAAAGUUGCGCCGAGAAACAUACAUGCCGAUUUGAAGCGAAAAAUACCAGAUAGUGUUUUAAAUAUCAAGCAGGUAUACAAUGAACGUUACAAUCUUAGCACUGCGAAAAUACGUUUUAAGUUUCAGAGCUUGUGA